AUGGAGCAGAAACUGAGGGAGAUCGAACUCUUGCACCGGGACAUAUCACGUUCGUGCGGGCAGCUAGCGCUGCAGAUGGACGACGUCAGUAUGGCCUUCAAAAUUCUGAGUGGGAACCUGGCGCGGGACCCGUUCGACUUGGCCACAAUACUGCUGCUGUGCGACCUGUACUUGAAGAACGCGGAUUAUAGUAAUGUUGUGGAGCUGCUUGGGGAUCCGUUGCAGAAGGGCUGGCCCUCGGCGAUCUCCGGCGAUAGACGAGUGUGGACGCGGCUGUCUUUGGCGUAUUUUCACUUGCACAAUCUGAGCGAGGCGCUUGCGGCUAUAAGCAAAGCCAUCGAGCUGUCGUCCAGGGAGGACCCGUAUUUAUUUGUGUUAAGAUGCCGAAUUUUUCUGAAGAUGCCAAAAGCGCGUUACAGCCUGGAUUCGGUAAUGCCAUUUUUUGAAAAAACUCUCAUCCUGACGCAGGCUUCACAGAUCCCGUCGUUGCAUGUCGAGGCGCUGCUAUCACGGUCGAGACUCUUCAUGGAAUACGCGGAUUUUGGACGCGCUAGGAUGGAUAUAGAUGAUUCUAUGUCUAUUUUGCAUGAUCCUAACGCUUUGAAUUUUUUUGAAGUUGAGGAUUUCCUUUUGAAGGCGACCCUCACAUAUUGCUUGGCGGCAACCGUACAGGAGACGAGUGAAAAAUCUUCGGAGGUGGUAGAGUUGGGUUUAAGGAAUUUUGAACACACGGACAAGACAGCCCUGCCUUUACUGUUGAUGAAAACAAUACAUCGUUGCAUCCAGCAUAAGAAUUUAAAUGACAUUUUGAGCGAAUUGAUUCUCUCUUUGAAUUGUCUGCCGACGCAGUUUCAUCGAAUGAUAUCAUAUGCAAUCGCAAGAGUAUUUCUUGAGAUUGAUAACGUUUCUCACAGUCCAGAUGCAUACCAGUACCUGCAUAAAUCGCUAGAACUAGCAGAUGAUCAGGAUCCAUUGGCGUUGGUCUCCCUAGGUUUCUUGCACUUUAAUCAGAAAAGAUUCAAUGAUUCACUAUCGACUUUUUUUCAUGCAAUCAAGCUGCCCGAUUCGGUGAACUAUAAAUCAGAGGAUUAUAUAGCUUCUCUGAAAGCAUAUAGCUGGUACGGUAUUGCCAAAAAUUAUUUCUCGGCAGCCGAUAUAACAAAAGGUGAGAAAGCGCUCGACAUGUUUCGAAAAAUUAUUACAGCAUCACCCGUUUCAUCCUCAGUCCUAAAUUUGGACAUUUGCAAAAUAUCAGAAAAUUGUGAAGAAUAUUUUGAUCUUCCGCCAGAAUUUCUAAAGGAUGAAAUUAUAAAACAAGAAUGUAGCAAUUUCAUUUUUGAUGAAAGAAUGGAACAAAGUCCGAUUUCUUCGUUGCCGCAUGAAAAUGUUUCAAGAUGGAACUGUGAUUCAAGGUUUGAUCCUAUUUCGAAUAUCAGUGGUAGUUUGACCUCUAUUCUUAAUAACCCACUGUUUUGUGACAAGGAGAAAGCUACAAAGAAAAAAGCAAAGAGUUUGAAGAAGAAAAAAAAUGAUAUCUUCAGGAAAAUGCCACUGUCCAUUACAAAACCUGUCUCAAAGAAACCCAAAAGGGAUCAACAGAGAACUUUGAGAAAAACCACCCCAUCAAACGAAGUGGCAAAUCUCAAUGAUCAGAUUUUAAAUCCAUCGGAUAUAUCUCCUCACUAUGAUUCUGAUAAGAAUAGUGACUUUUCAAAUCCAUACCAAGUUCCCUUCAAAUCGGCUCAUACCUACAGCUCUUAUCGAACUCCAGCUAUGCAUAUGCAACAGCAAAUCACCUUUCCUGCUUCCACUACAUCUUCAAUGAUCUAUUAUUCACAGGAAGGUCCAUAUAUGUCCUUUAACAAUGUAACACAAAUUUCUAAUAAUUAUCCUAAUAAUAAUGCAAACAAUGGCCAAAGAGUUCUUGUGGACCCAACAUUCGGAAACUCCUUAUAUAUAGUAGAAGAUACUCGCCUGAGAGCUACUCAAAUGCCAAGUGUCGCAUCUAGUCCAACACCCUACAGAAUGACUCAAUCAUAUCGUGACGUUUAUCAUCAUGCCUGA